AUGUCCUGGAAGCUGCUAGUGCUUCUGCUACUUUGCUACAACACGCAGGUGACUGUGCCCCACAGGUGGAGCCGAGCUGUGCUCUUCCCUGCUGCCCACCGGCCAAAGAGGUCAUUAUCCAUCCCGCUGAACCCAGUCCUGCAGAGCUCCCUGGAGGAAGUGGAACUGCUCUAUGAGUUCCUCCUUGCUGAACUCGAGAUCAGCUCUGACCUGAAGAUCUCCAUCAAGGAUGAGGAGCUCCUCUCUUUGCGGAAGGCUGCUGACUUCCGCACCGUCUGCAAUGAUGUGAUCCCCAAGCGCAUCCCAGACAUCCGCCGGCUGAGCGCCAGCCUCUCCAGCCACCCAGGCGUCCUCAAGAAGGAAGACUUUGAAAGAACGGUGCUGACCCUAGCCUAUGUGGCCUACCGCACAGCCAUGUCUCAGGGACAUCAGAAGGACAUCUGGGCCCAGGCCCUGCUUAGCCUCUUCCAGGCCUUGAGGCAUGACCUGUUGAGGUCCUCCAGCUCCAGUAGGCCACUCUGA